GUUCGCACUGUGAUUGGCGGAGGCUUGAUAGUGGGACGUGCCCGUACGCCGGUGUCUCCCCGGUUGCGCAAGACGCCAUUUUGGAGUGACAGUGAAAGAUAACGGAAAGAUCGAGAAGCUGUCUUUUCUAAAGCUUCGUCACCAUGGGGAAUAUGUUUGCAAACUUAUUCAAAGGCCUGUUUGGCAAAAAAGAGAUGAGGAUUCUUAUGGUUGGGCUUGAUGCUGCUGGAAAAACAACCAUCCUAUAUAAACUGAAGCUUGGAGAGAUAGUCACCACCAUUCCCACCAUUGGUUUUAACGUUGAAACUGUAGAAUACAAGAACAUCAGCUUCACAGUGUGGGAUGUGGGCGGUCAGGACAAAAUCAGGCCGCUGUGGCGCCACUACUUCCAGAACACUCAAGGGCUUAUCUUUGUGGUGGACAGCAAUGACAGAGAGAGAGUGAACGAGGCGAGGGAGGAGUUGUCCAGAAUGCUCGCUGAGGACGAACUCAGAGACGCUGUGCUGCUCGUUUUUGCAAAUAAACAGGAUCUCCCUAACGCUAUGAACGCUGCAGAGAUCACAGACAAGCUGGGCCUCCACGCCCUCCGCCAGCGCAGCUGGUACAUCCAGGCCACCUGCGCCACCAGCGGGGACGGCUUGUAUGAGGGCCUGGACUGGCUCUCCAACCAGCUGAAGAACCAGAAAUGAUCCAUUCCACCAGUUUUGAUUUUUUGUUUGUUGUUUAUUUUUUUCUGUUCCAACACAGCGGCAGCACCGGAUCCAGGCCCCCUCUUUGCUCCCAUCUAACCCAAGUUUCAACCCCAGCUCUUUCUUUCAAGAACUUCCUCCAUUCCCUCCUCCUGCUUUCUGCCCUCGUCAGUACUCUUUGGGGCUCUAGCCUGUGCUGCUUGUGUGUGUGUGUGGGCGUGUGCGUGCGUGUGUGUGAGUGUGCGUGUACCUUGUGUGUUCAGCGAGUGUGUGUGGGUGUGAAGGCGUCUCUGUGUAUGUUGGCUGGGAUCGGGAGUAACCCUGGCGUGCCUUUUACACACCUCCUGUGGAAUCAGCAGUCUGGUUUUCAAGCCCCUUUCUCCAUCCACCAAACUCAGCCUCUGCCCCACUCAGCCUGCCCCCACUCCAAGUCUUGCACGGCCCCCUUCUCCCCCACCCUUACUCUCCAGAGGAAGCAUGGUUUUCAUACGGCAAAGAAAGAGCAAGGGUGCAAGCUCUCCUCCCCUCCUGUAGUAUAUAUCUAUGUUAACUAGAAGACGUUCACCUGAUGUAGACUGAAUGCUAAAUGUUCAUUUUAAACUCGUUUUGAUUUUGAAACCUCAAACCCACCAGUAAGAGAUUCAGUAAAUUGCAUCUUAACCUGUAUCAGGUCGAAGCAAGGCAAAAAAUAGAAAAAGGAAAAAAAAAACGCCCAUCCUCGAUCAUUCUGGUGUCAUUUGAAAAUCAUGCUGUUUGUUUUAUUAUUAUUAUAUUGGAAUAUAACAGAUUAUUCUUAGCAAUGGUUCUGCAAUGAACACUACCUUUCUCCCCCACCAAGCGAGACCGUGAAGCACAAAGCAGGCCCACGUUUAAAUUCUAAACUACUUUAAAAUUCAGAUCCGACACAAUAUGCAACUUCUAAAUUAGUUUGGGUAGCUGGUAUUUGAUUCCUUGGAUUAAAUUGGAUUUCCUUCAGUACAAUUAACAGCCAUUGUGACGGUGUUCUACUCCUGUAGGUCACAGAAGGUGUUGGGCAUUCACAGACAACAUCCGGUUAAUGAGACGGUGUCCUGAUACAUUCACAAGCUUCACAUGUUAUUCCUUUAAGAGAUGUUACAUGUGUUUUUUUUUUCUGUAACUAGUUUUAGCAUUUCUAUUUGUACUUUGACUGCUGAACCAAAUGCAUUUGAGCAGUAUGACAAAUCCUGUAUAUCAAAGUAGUGUAACCUAAAGGGCCAGAAAAAAAAAGGCUUUUUCUCACCAACGGUUGGCAGUUUUACUUUGAAAUCUGAAAGCAUCCAGUGUUCUAAUUUUCCUGGUUGGGAUGAAGGAUUGGCACCAAAUAUGAAGGCUCUUUAACUGUGAAGGGUCCAGACAGGCAUAGCAGGCCGCUGGCUCUGCUGUCUGGGCCUUGACAGGCUAUCACACAUUAUUGCUCUGCAUUCUUCAUGACUGAACAACACAACAAGUACUGUGUCGGCGACUCGGCGGUGACGAAGGACUCGGUGGUAGACCUGGUAACGGGGAAUGGGAGUGUGCAGGUGAUUGGUCGUGAGAGGCGGCGGGCGUUCAGCGUCGGACCGUGUGGGGGUUAAGCUGGCACUUCUGUCGAGAAUGAUUGUAAAUCUGUACGUUCCCCUGUAAACUGUUUCUGUGGGGAUUUCCUGAACACAUUAAUAAACAUGAUUUGAUCCAA